AUGGGGGAUGGUGACAGUUGUGUGGACAGCUCCCUUUCACAGGGUCGAGAGAGAGAGAUGAUCGGUGCUUAUGUAAUCCUGGCAUAUAUGCAUUCCACACAGCAAUUUGUGCCCUGCUCGACACCCGAGAACACCAGCCGAGCGAGCCCCACCAGGCCCCACCACCAGGAUGACUCGGCCACUGGCUUCCUCAAGCGUAUCAUCAGCCGCACCAGCCGCGAGGCCGCCGGGCAGGGCCAGGUUCCGGGCGAGUCCAUCGAACCGCCGGAUGGGCAUCCGGGCCGAGGCUGCCCAGGAGCUCAUCGCCGAGACCACCAGCCAGCACCAGCAGCCGAGCCCGCCGCUGGUGCUCGUCAGUCUGAUCGCCAUCCAGUCGAUCUGGUCCCCCUCGGCCGACUUGCACCACCCGCCGGCCGCCGACCAGCUGCUCGGCUUCCUCCACCAGAUCAUCCGCCGCUCACGAACCAACCCCAACACGCUCAAGCUGGCCCUCUUCUACAUCCACCAGUCCUCUCGGGUCGCAAGAUGUUCCUGGCCGCACUGAUGGUCGCCAGCAAGUAUCUGCUCGACCGGAACUACUCCAACCGGGCCUGGGCCAAGAUUGCCGGACUGCCGGUCGAGGAAAUCAACACCAACGAGCGGGUGUUUCUGGUCCUGAUCGACUACCGCAGCCACCUCGAUCUGGACGAGUUCGAAGUUUGGUCGGUUCGAUUGCAGAAGCUGAUGAGGGAGAAGCGGAUCGGCGCAGAUCGAUCGGAGCCGGACCACCACCAGCCCAGCUCGACGGUCUCCUCCAGCUCACACUCCUCUCCGCAGCGGACCAGCUCCUCAAGACCCCUCAGCGCCCACCACUCGCCCCCCAAGCCCAGCAGCAACACCCCCUCGCUCAAGCUCGGCUCCCCCAGCAAGCCCCUCCUCCGCCGGCCCACCCUCGAUCUCCACACGCCCAUCCGCCAGCAGGCCCCGCGCUCGGAUACCCGCAACGGCCCGGCAACCGCGCCUCCCCGGAUCACCCAGCAGAGAACCGGCGAGGAUCCGAGCAGAACCCGCCAGGGCUCAUCCGACCUCACCACGCCCAUCCGGCAGCAACACGCCCUCCCGCCGGCACUCGCGCAGGCCAUCCCGGCCACCGCCCCGGCCCACCUCAAGCCAUCCGGGCCAUCAGUCUGCGAACCGGCCUCGACGCCCCUCCGUCGGAGCACCGCCCCCGCCCGCCAAAGCAGCACGCCUGCCCGCCAGAGCAGCACCCCGGCUCGGCAGACCAGCACCCCUGUCCGCCAGAGCACUGCCCAAAGCUCAGAAUACUGCAGCACCCCCAUCCGACAGCAACAACCACUCUCCUCUCAUCCCGAGCAACCGCCAUCCACCACCCACCAACUGGCUCCGUCUACCCUGAGGGCUGAACUCGCCACCACCCCAGCACGGGAACGGAUGACCCCAAUCCUAUCCAGGCCGCCCCUCUCCAACGCCCGUCCAGAUCUGAGCAUCAAGCAAGCUGUCUAUGGCACCCCUGCCAUCUCCCACCUCGGCUCGAGCAAUCCGCCCCUCGCCCUGUCCCCAUCACUCCGCGCACAUCGAGAGCCCUCCCUAGCAGGCACUUCGAGCUCGCUGAGGCGUAGAGAGUCAAUAGCCAGCGCCAAGUCUUACGCCCCUCCAACGACCACCCUCCCCAAGAGGUCGGCCACCACGCUCGAGCACAUCACUGCUGCCGACGUCAUCAAAGCUGAACAGGACUUGAUGGAGAAAGUGGCGCAGGAGAAAGCCCUUUUGGCCCAGGAACAGGAAGGACGUCGCCCGACUCCUUCAUCAUCAACCGUUUCCGCCAAGUCUUCUGAUCAUCAGCAUCAACAGAAACGGAUCGACCAGCAGCUUGGGCAUGAACGCAGGAUGAGAGACGAGGAGAAGAAGGAGCAUCUUCGCCGAUUGGUGGCCGAGCAGCAGAAGAAGAAGAAGCAUCCACUCCCACCGGCACUAGAGCUCGGCCCGGAGCGCUGGGCCCGGUCGGCGUCGAUCGUCUCGAGCCUCGAUCGACCCCGGGAUCAGGAUCAUCCGUCGUAUCCCCGACGGGCCGAGCCCAGCCAGCUCGUUGAUCGGUCCUUCGAGCGUGAUGAGCAUCUGGGAGAACAGGACGACUCGUCAAGCGACAGCGAGCAGAGCAGCUGCUCGGAGGACCAGCUGUCGGAUGGGCUCGGGUACCAGGCUAGGACUAGUGGCGAGAUCUCGCUCGUCCAGAACCGGCUCUACGGCCUCCCUGCCCGCGAAGAAGAUCCGGCCAUCACCGAUUACCGACACCCCAGCCUGCUUCCGCCGAGAAUCAAGCCCCCGCUUUCCGGGGAUGCUAGAUAUCCCUUCUUCGAUCAUGGCCAGAAAGCCGGUGCUUCUGAGGAUCCCCAGAGCCAGCCCGGAUUCCUGCCCAAAACCUUCGAGCGGAUCAGGUUCGCUAGCCAUGACAUCGAGCCUCGGGACAGCAGCCGCUCACUGCUGUCCGCACACGCGUCCGGCAGCCACACCCAGCCCCGAUCGGCCAUGAUGGGUAGCAUCCCCCGCGGACUGGCUACACCCAGCUCGAGCGGGAUGGCCGGGUACAGCGGCUACCACCGCCCCCCGCCGACCUAUCGCGGCGCCACCCCGCCCCUCGUCUCCGCCCGUCCUUUCCAGGAUCCCCACCACCUCCAUGCCCACCAUCACCAGCACCAACAGGCCCUGUCGACCGCCACUCGGACUCCCAGCUUGCAUCCCCACUCCGACCGUCGAACCGAGCCCCCCGCCUCUAGACCGCCCCCCGCACUCUACAACCGCCCGUCCCCCGCAAGACACGACGACCUGCCCUCCGGCUUCCCCAGCGCCUCCAGGCGCCCCUCCAUCCUCGCUCACCCCACCCAGAGCCGCGCCUUCUCCGACCCAGACCGCCGCCCUCUCCCGCUCUCGUCCCUCCGCUCAUCCGACCCCCGCUCCUCCGAUUUCCGCGCCUCCGACAUCCGCUCCUCCGUCGCCGCACAGCACCCCCGCCCGCCCUCCGCCGCCUCCUCCUCCGCAUCCUCGUCCUCCCGCUACCACUCCUUGGACCUCCCUUACUACCCUCUCGCCCACCACCACCUCCAUCCCCAUCUCAUGCACCCUUCUUAUCACGGGCUCGGCUCGCUCGGCCAUCUCGCUGCUAAACCCGUCUAUUAA